UAUACAUAAUAUCUUAUGUUACUGAAUGUUUGCAAGCAGCUAGCUUUGGAGGAAGAAGAUGUAUGGCGUGCUGUCUUGAACUGGGCCAAAUAUCAAGCUGGAGUAACUCAACCUACUGCCCACUGGACAGAGGAGGAACGUGCUCGAGUUUGUCAGCAUUUAUCCGGAGUCAUUAGCUAUGUUCGUUUGUUAUUGAUAGACUCGCAAGUUUUUGCUGAAGAAGUGGAGCCGACGGGUGCUGUGCCAAUAGAGUUAUCUUUGGAAAGAUAUCGCUAUGCAGCCUUGCCAAAUAAAUUUCGUGAAAGGAGCGAAGAUAAAAAAUUACAGCUUCGCGUAGCACUUAAAUUCUUCCCAGGUUCACUGAUUUUAGUAAAAGGAAAGACAUGCUAUCAAAGACUCCUGAAUCAGUGGUAUAGAUCUCCUAAACAAGUUUGGCGUUUGGUGUACAGAGCCUCUACUCACGGAUAUUCAGCUGAGGCAUUCCACAGGCAUUGUGACGGGAUCGCUCCCACUUAUGUUAUUGUAUCCGGUAAUAGAGGAGAAGUUUGUGGCGGAUUCAGUGAUGUACCGUGGGGGAAGUCCACUAAAGGUAGUCACUAUAUACCCUCAGAGAAAGCCUUUUUGUUCAGUCUGAGUAAUAAUCAAGAUUUACCACCAACAAAAUAUGAUAUUGUCAAGAAACCUUUUGCAAUAUGCUAUCAUCCUGA